AUGGAGAAUGAUGGCAAAGAGUCGUAUAAGGAUGGUCAUCAAUCUGAGGAUUUAAGUGUUGAGUAUGAGUGUAGUUCCGAUGAAAGUGAUGAUAUGGUGGAUGUAACUGUAGAUGAAGCAGAGGAGAAAGACAUUGGAAGCACCUUAAAAGGGACAAUCGGUAAAGGGAGCAUAGGGCAAUUACUCGUGUCAACUGCAAGGCGAGGAUUCGGUUCAUUCGUCACUAUAGAACGGUACAGACAUCUUAUUGCCGUGAAUCGUGGGCUUGAUGAGGCCGAUAAAACACAAGCAGACAGCUUGCGAGCAUGUGGUGUUAAAACUUGCCACAUAAUGGGUUACAUGGUUUCCCAAAAAGGUGGAUAUGGUAAAGUGGGUUUUACUAGCAAAGAUUUACAUAACCACAUUAGUAAGACUAGGCGUGGCAAAGUGAAAGACGAUGAUGCAUUUGCUGUGUUGGCCUAUCUGUUUUCUAAGGAAGAUAGUGACCCGUUAUUUCUAGGAAAGUUCACCUUAAAGGAUGGUAGGUUGGAUAAUUUGGUGUGGGCUGAUGAAGAAAGCGUUGUUGAUUACGAAUGUUUUGGCGAUGUACUGGCUUUUGACACCACUUACAAGAAAAAUGUAUACAACAAGCCCUUAGUCAUAUUUUCAGGGACCAACCACCAUGGCCAGACGACUAUCUUUGGAUGCGCUCUGCUCUCAGAUGAAAAGUCCGAAACUUUCAAGUGGGCACUGAAGGAAUUUUUGGAAAUCAUGUCAGGAAAACUACCCGGAGGCGUUGUGACAGACGGAGACCGUGCUAUGAGAGAGGCUAUCUUAGAAGUAUUUCCUGGUAUACCACACCGCCUUUGUGCAUGGCAUCUCCAUCGUAAUGCGAGAUGGAAUGAGAUCAUAUCCAAAUACGGACUUGCCGAGAAUGAAUGGGUCCAGGUCAUUUAUAAUGACAGAAUGAAGUGGGCUACCGCAUAUUUGAGGGAGCACUUCUUUGGCCGCAUAAGAACUACAUCACAGUGUGAGGGAAUUCAUUCAUUAUUGAAGAACUAUGUUGACAGUAAAACCAGUCUCCUUGAAUUCAUGCAUAAAUUUAGUGAAGUACUAAGGCAUUACCGAAAUAACCAUCUUACUGCUGACUUUGACACCUUUUAUAAGUUUCCUGUUUUGACUACGUGCUUGGAAAGUUUUGAGAAACAAGCUGCUGAACUUUAUACUAGAAAUAUUUUUAAACUUGUGAAAGAUGAGAUAGAAGCAGCAGGUGCUUUAAAUGUGACUGAAUGCCCAAACAGUAGAGACAUUGUUGAGUACAGCACGAGUGAGUAUUUUAAUCAGCAAUGGGAAGUUAAAGUGUCUUACAAUAAAGACAAGGACCUGUUUGCAUGUGAGUGCAGGCUAUUUGAGACUCGUGGACUACCGUGCUCCCACAUCUUUGGGGUCUUGAAGCAUUGCAAUGCAAAUUGCGUCCCUACAUCUCUUAUCCUGAAAAGAUGGACAAGAGAUGCAAAGAGUAAUUUUAUAUGCUCAAUUGGCGAGCAAGACGCCGCUGAUGAUAUAGCGCCCACACUUAGACGCGGUGCAAUGGCAUCUAUUUUUUGGAAGCUUUGUGAUAUUUCUUCCAAAAAUUUAGCAGACUAUAGGGAAAUCUCAGGUGAGUUACUUAAGCUAAUUUCAAAGGUGCAAAAUAAAGGUGAUGCACAAGCGAGGCUUUCCCUCACUUCAGCGCUAAUCGGUGAUCCAACUGUUGUGAAGUCAAAAGGGGCUCCAAGAAAGGUUCCAAAAGGGCAAAAGAGGCGAAGAUGUUCGCAUUGUAAGUCAGGCAGGCAUUUCGUUAGGACAUGUCCAUUACUCGCCAAGGAGGACUCCCCCGCCGAAUACUCAAAUGCUGAAGAUGAACCAAUGGUUGAAGAAUGUGAUGCCAAUAAACGGACUCCCUCUCAGAACACAAAAUCAGGUUAUGGAAGCAAGAAGUCUGUAUCUAAAUUGACAAAGACACCGAAGAUUAGAGCAAAUGGCAAAAAAAAUCGACAGAAGACCGAAGAAAUCAGUCUAAGUGAAGAGACAUUAAAAGCUAAGACCAACACAUCAGGAAUAGAAGCGACCGAAGUUCCAGAUGCAGCCACAACCAAGAUACCAGGAUUGCCACAGUAUCCUAUGCAUCAUUAUCCAGUGGUCCUUCCUUAUCAACCUUAUGGUGGAGUCCUCCCUAUUCCUUUUCAUCCUGUUCCAAAUGGCAUGGCGUAUUUCAACCAAUAUCCUUCUACUGCCGGAAUUACAUCAUAUCCUCAGUUUUCGUAUGUCUCGUCGUAUUCUAGUGGACCCCGUGAUAGCAAUACAUGGGCUGGACUUUUGAAUGAUGCCAUCAACAACAAAAAGCCAUAG